AACAAAAAGUCCCAUAAACUAAAGACCAAACACUUCUGUCUCUUCUUCUUCUUCUAGAACAGUUAUGAGAGUGUUUUAAUUAAGACCGUUAAUUUGUUAAAUCACUCUUAAAAAGUUUUUCUUUUUGUUACUAUGGCUCGUAUUGUAGCAGCUAAUGAUGAUGAUUCCAUGGAGCUCAACGCCAUCUCCUCUAUGCACGAUUCAACUUUAGGGCAACUUCUGAAGAACGUCAGUGACGUUAGGAAAAUGGCUAUUGGAGACGAGACUCCAGUUCACGAGUCUUUAAACCAAGACUACAACGAUGGUUACAUGCGUACUGUUCCAUUCGUUCUCUCAUUCGACAAUCUCACUUACAACGUCUCUGUUCGUCGAAAGCUAGAGUUCCGCAACCUCUUUCCACGGCGACGAACAGAGGAUCCUGAGAUAGCUCAAACCGCGAGGCCAAAAACUAAAACCCUUCUCAAUAACAUCUCCGGUGAGACACGAGAUGGAGAGAUCAUGGCGGUUCUCGGAGCUAGCGGUUCGGGGAAAUCAACACUGAUCGAUGCAUUAGCGAAUCGGAUUGCUAAAGGAAGCUUAAAAGGAACAGUGAAGCUAAACGGAGAAACACUUCACUCUCGAAUGCUUAAAGUCAUUUCAGCCUAUGUAAUGCAAGAUGAUCUUCUCUUCCCUAUGCUUACCGUUGAAGAAACACUAAUGUUCGCUGCUGAGUUUCGUCUUCCGAGAAGUUUACCUAAAUCUAAGAAGAAGCUUCGUGUGCAAGCUUUGAUUGAUCAAUUAGGUAUCAGAAACGCUGCUAAAACGAUUAUAGGAGACGAAGGUCACCGUGGAAUCUCCGGUGGUGAAAGAAGACGAGUUUCAAUCGGAAUUGAUAUAAUUCACGAUCCGAUUCUUCUCUUCCUCGAUGAACCAACCUCUGGUUUGGACUCAACGAGUGCUUUCAUGGUGGUUAAAGUAUUGAAGAGGAUUGCUCAGAGUGGCAGUAUCGUAAUUAUGUCGAUUCAUCAACCGAGUCAUCGAGUUCUCGGUUUGCUUGACCGGUUAAUCUUCUUGUCUCGUGGCCACACCGUGUACAGUGGAUCUCCGGCGAGUCUUCCACGUUUUUUCACCGAAUUCGGAAGUCCGAUACCGGAGAACGAGAAUCGCACGGAGUUCGCGCUUGAUCUCAUCCGUGAGCUUGAAGGAUCUGCCGGAGGAACAAGAGGUUUAGUCGAAUUCAACAAAAAAUGGCAAGAGAUGAAGAAACAGAACAAUCGUCAACCACCAUUGACUCCUCCUUCAUCACCGUACCCAAAUCUAACACUAAAAGAAGCCAUCGCCGCAAGUAUUAGCAGAGGAAAGCUAGUUUCCGGCGGUGAAUCCGUCGCUCACGGCGGAACAACUACCAACACCACAACUCUAGCCGUACCUGCAUUCGCGAAUCCAAUGUGGAUCGAAAUCAAAACUCUCUCGAAACGCUCAAUGCUCAAUUCUCGUAGACAACCAGAGAUAUUCGGAAUCAGAAUCGCCUCCGUUGUUAUCACCGGAUUCAUCUUAGCCACCGUGUUCUGGCGAUUAGAUAAUUCACCAAAAGGAGUUCAAGAGCGAUUAGGGUUCUUCGCCUUCGCGAUGUCAACAAUGUUCUACACUUGCGCCGAUGCAUUACCAGUUUUUCUCCAGGAACGUUACAUCUUCAUGAGAGAAACUGCUUACAACGCUUACCGGAGAUCCUCCUACGUUCUUUCUCACGCCAUCGUCUCUUUCCCGUCGCUCGUCUUCCUCUCCGUAGCUUUCGCAGCGACGACGUAUUGGGCAGUGGGCUUAGAUGGAGGCCCAAUGGGCCUUUUGUUCUACUGUUUGAUCAUUUUAGCCUCGUUCUGGUCAGGAAGCUCCUUUGUCACGUUUCUAUCAGGUGUGGUUCCAAGUGUGAUGUUGGGUUACACAAUCGUCGUUGCUAUUUUAGCUUACUUCUUGUUGUUCAGUGGAUUCUUCAUCAACAGAAACCGAAUCCCGGAUUACUGGAUUUGGUUUCAUUACAUGUCAUUGGUGAAGUACCCGUACGAAGCGGUUUUACAGAACGAGUUCUCUGAUGCGACCAAGUGUUUCGUGAGAGGAGUUCAGAUUUUCGACAACACGCCGUUAGGGGAAUUACCGGAAGUGAUGAAGCUGAGGCUGCUUGAUACAGUGAGCAAGUCACUCGGUGUGACGAUAUCUAGCUCAACGUGUUUAACUACUGGUUCGGAUAUUCUGACGAAGCAAGGAGUGGUUCAGCUGAGUAAAUGGAAUUGCUUGUUCAUCACAGUUGCUUUUGGGUUCCUUUUCAGGAUUUUGUUCUACUUCACUUUGUUACUUGGAAGCAAGAACAAGCGGAGGUGAAAACAAAAUUGCUAAAAGACC